GGAAGCUGCGGGGAAGCAGAGGCGGGAUCACGGGCAGGGAUGAGAUUGACGGGAUUUUUGUGGAAGGAGUGAAGGACGCCAGGAGUCCGCCUGAGCUAUGGCGUGGCUGUGCUACAACAAGGGCUGCGGGCAGAGGUUCGACCCGGAGCACAACGCCGAGGAUUCCUGCCUGUAUCACCCGGGCGUCCCCAUCUUCCACGAUGCCCUGAAGGGCUGGUCUUGUUGCAAGAAACGCACCACGGACUUCUCCGAGUUCCUCUCCAUAAAGGGUUGCACAAAGGGGUUUCACAGCAAGGAGAAGCCCCCUGAGCCUUUCGGCCAAGAGGAGACGUCAGGCAAGCUGAAGCCCAAACCAGUGGAGGAGCUCAUCAUCCAAGGACCAAAAUCAGCUGAGAAGAUGCAGCGGGAAAGACCAAGCUCCGAUGAGCCAAGGCAACUGCUGCCCAUCAAAGUGUCCAGGUCUCUGGAGCAGGCACUGGAGAAGCUGAACCUCUCCCCCAAGCAUGAGGCACCCGAGGGUGGUUGUGCAGGGGAGGCGGCUGCCCAGGUGAGAGCUGGCACCACCUGCAAGAACGCAGCCUGCAAGGCGACCUACCAGGGCCCAGAGAGCAACACAGAGGUUUGUACUUUCCAUCCUGGCGUUCCUGUCUUUCACGAGGGGAUGAAGUACUGGAGCUGCUGUGGGGUCAAAACAACGGAUUUCAGCGCCUUCCUGGAGCAGCCGGGCUGCAGCAGCGGGCGGCACUGCUGGACGGGGAAGGGGGACAAGAAGGCGGUGUCGUGCCGGCAGGACUGGCACCAGACCAGCAGCCAGGUGGUGGUGACGGUCUAUGCCAAGAACCCCCUGCCCGCCCUCAGCAGCGUGAAAGCCAACCGCACCACGCUUGAGGUUCACGUCAUCUUUGAAGGGAAUAAGAUUUUCCAGGCAGAACUGGAUCUCUGGGGGGUCAUCCAAGUAGAGAAGAGCUUUGUGAGCAUGGUCCCCACCAAGGUGGAGAUCACACUUUACAAAGCCAGCCCCGGCUCCUGGGCCAGGCUGGAGCUCCCGGGCAGCAGGCCCCAGCCCCGGGGUGAGCCGGAGAAGGAGGCUGCCGACGCUGGGGAGCCCGGGGCAGCACCAGGAGAGGACUCAGACGACAGCUUGAGCUGGUCAGAGGAUGAAGACGAGGAGCUGGAGAUGGGAACGCCGAGCAACUGACACGGAGCGGUGCUGGCUCUGGAGCCACCGGGGACCCCGGCCCCAGCCCUGGAGGAGCAGGCCUGACCCGGAGCCCUGUGUGGAGCCUCUGCCCUGCUCCUGAGGGGCAAGUAAUAAAAACCCACAGCAAAGAUUA